CAAGGUGACGCUCACGUGUUCAGUGUUUUGGUAAACGUUUGAAAGAGGAGAGGAAGCGGCGAGCAAAAGACAACAUUCUGUACUCUUUUAUCAAGUAUUUGCCUUGUGCCGCGCGCUGUGAGCCAUGUCAAAUGCACUGGAGAGUUAUGUGAACCAUCUUGUUUCAGUAAUCACAGCAGAUGGAAGAAAUAUUGUGGGAACGCUAAAGGGUUUUGAUCAAGCUGUGAAUCUGAUUAUGGAUGAAUGUCACGAGAGAGUCUACAGUUCCCACCGAGGGGUAGAGCAAGUUAUCUUGGGGCUUUACAUAGUCAGAGGAGAUAAUGUGGCACUCAUUGGUGAAGUUGAUGAAGACCUGGAUUCAAGAUUAGACUUAGAGAAUAUUCGAGCAGAACCCCUUAAUGAGUGUAAAACAUAGAAUCAUUAUUAUUUAAUAAAUGUCUUUUGAUAAAUGUUAUGUUCUGGUCACCUUACUUUCGUUUGGUAUUUCCCUGCAUUGCUACAAGUUGUGGGACUUCAUGCAGACUGAAAGGCUGUGAGAUACAGAUAUUAGUCUGUUUAUAUAGUCUGGGAAAACAUUAAUAUAUCUUUAUAAUUUAAGUGCAUUCAACAUCUCCAUUUACAGAUUGUUAAUGUUUGGAAACACUGAUUUUGAGCGUACUGCAUGGGAAAAGGUUUUGCUGUUUUUGACGAUAAAAGGCAAUGGCAAAUGUUAGUAUUUAUUUUAUGAUGAAAAGUACAAUCUCUUUCUUCUGAAUAUGUACAAAUGCGAAGAUUAUUCUUGCAAGAUAAAUGGAAUACCAUUAAUAGUCAUGCUUGUAACUCUUGGACUCACAGAUUGAAAGGAAAUUGGAAUGUUACAUGUUGCAUGUUGACUCUUAUACUGUCUUUUAUAUACCUGAACAUGAGAGCUAGAAAGAGGACAUUUUAAGGCUUACACUUAAAUACCAGGCUAAUUUUAGAGUUCAGGGUACAUUUAUAAUUUAUAUGAUAGUAAAUAGAUAAACCUUUUAUGUACAUUUCAUGAUUUUCUGGUUAGAUCUAUAACAAUUUCACCAUGCCUAAGGUCCUUAGAACAGCUGUGAAAUCACUGCCAACACAAAUCUUGCUAUAUUUCAGAUAUGUCCAUUUAUGUCCUGAUGUAUUAGUAUAUGAAUAGCCUUGAAAUAUAGUGUGUUUUGAAGUACUA